AUGAAUUCACCUGUUUUUCUGUGGGUUCUUGUUACUGCACUUCAUAUUUUUGGAAUUUCUUGCAGCUUCGAACAACGCUACAUGCAGGGUGCUAUUAAAACAGUUUUGGAUCACAGGCUUAAUGGCCACCAGAUUAGGACUCUAAACGGUUCUACGUCAUUGUCUUGCGCUCAUUCGUGCUUGAUGGAGACCAGAUGCGUGUCCACGAACUUUGGAAUUUCCUCAGCGGAGAAUAAGCUCUUGUGUGAGUUAAAUGACCACGGCGGUGAUUCCUUAAUUUCUGGCGAUGAAUUGAUAUACGCGGAAGGAUUUACAUAUUCUGCCUACUCUCCAGUGUUUCAAAGUAGUAUCAACGUUAUGGUGGGUGACAAAGACGAAUGCAACCAGAUGGUCUGUCUCAAUGAAGGCCUCUGCAAUUACAACAACGACAAACAAAAAUAUCGGUGCAAAUGCAAACUUCCGUGGUUUGGGGACAUGUGCGAAAAGAAGAUAGAUAUCGAAUAUCAUUUCACUACACUGGGUGCAACGGGUAAGUCUGGGCCAGUAAAUAACGCGCUGUACCAGGGUACAUCACUGGAGGGGAUUUUAGUGAAAGACGGUUUGCAAUCAUGGGACAUUCCUUUGUCGGCCACGUAUUACCUCGAGUUAUGCGGAGCUACAGGUGGGAAUCACGAGGGAUUUAAUACCACCGGUGGUAAAGGAGCAAAACUAAAUGGGACGAUCCAUCUUCAACAGGGAAUACAGCUGACAAUUUUAGUAGGGCAGCGAGGCAAACGGGGUGGAGGUGGCGGAGGAGGAACUUUUGUUGUUUUGGCAGGCAAUGGCAGUCCAUUGGCUGUGUCUGGCGGGGGUGGCGCAGCUGACUUGGUAGAUGGUGAUCCUGGUCAGGCCGGGUUGAGUGGUAGCGUCAAUCCUGGGGGAAAAGGAAAGGGAGGGAAGGUCUGCAUGUCGGGGAAUGAUGCAGACUUACGUGGUGUUGGAGGUGGUGGAGGUCUUCUCACGGAUGGGCGCUGCUAUAGGGCGUCCAGUUGUAACAAACCAUGUGACCAGAAAGAUGGAGGCAAAUCUUUUCAAACAGGAGGAAGGGGUGGAUACAGCAAAAUAAACAAGUGCACAGGAGGAUUCGGUGGCGGGGGAAAUUGUGGAGGAGGGGGUGGAUACUCUGGUGGUGGGGUGCAAGUCGAUGGCAAGAGUAAGAACCUUGAUCUUCAUGCCGGAGGAGGCGGGUCUUUUAUCCCGCCUGAUGCUAACUGGACGGCGGUGUCUGGAGGAUGUCCUUACGGCGACGGUUAUGUUUUGUUUAAAAUUGUAGCAAUCGAUUGA